AUGUCCUCAGUUGUAGCCCCUGAAAAAGCCACCUCCAACACUAUGGGUCCCAAAGAGGUGGAGCUGAUCCUUGUAAAGGAGCAGAACGGGGUGCAGUUCACCUCCACCACCUUAGUGACUCCAGCUCCGGGUCAGACCAACCCCAGUGGGGAGGAGGAGAGGGAGACCUGGGGGAAGAAAAUCGACUUCCUGCUGUCCGUGAUCGGAUUUGCUGUGGACCUUGCAAAUGUCUGGAGGUUCCCUUACCUCUGCUACAAGAAUGGAGGAGGUGCAUUCCUGGUGCCAUAUCUGUUCUUCAUGGUGAUAGCAGGGAUGCCUCUUUUCUACAUGGAACUGGCUCUGGGACAGUACAACAGAGAGGGCGCAGCGGGAGUCUGGAAGAUCUGUCCCAUAUUUAAAGGGGUGGGCUUCACAGUGAUCCUGAUCUCCCUCUAUGUUGGCUUCUACUAUAAUGUCAUCAUCUCCUGGGCUCUGUUCUACCUUUUCUCCUCAUUCACCCGCGAGCUACCCUGGGUCCACUGCAACAACAGCUGGAACAGUGCAAACUGCUCAGAUUGGGCUGACAACAGCUCAAUUGGUGACAUUUACAAAGCCACUCCAGCCCAGGAGUACUUUGAACGAGGAGUCCUUCAUAUUCAGGACAGUAAUGGUAUUGAUGACUUGGGCCUUCCACGCUGGCAGCUGACUUCCUGUUUGGCUGUUGUGAUUGUUUUGCUCUACUUCAGUCUCUGGAAAGGAGUAAAGACCUCUGGAAAGGUUGUGUGGAUCACAGCCACCAUGCCCUAUGUGGUCUUGACUGUGCUGCUCCUCCGUGGAGUCACUUUGCCCGGAGCCAUGGAUGGCAUUAAGGCAUACCUCUCUGUGGACUUCCUGAGACUGUGUGAUGCCAAGGUCUGGAUCGAGGCAGCAACACAGAUCUGCUUCUCACUGGGAGUGGGGUUUGGUGUGCUAAUUGCCUUUUCCAGCUACAACAAAUUCAGCAACAACUGUUACAGAGAUGCCAUCAUAACCAGCUCAAUCAACUCUUUAACAAGUUUCUUCUCUGGCUUUGUGGUCUUCUCUUUCCUUGGGUACAUGUCCCAAAAGCACAACGUGGCUCUAGACAAAGUUGCCAGAGAUGGCGCUGGCUUGGUGUUUGUUAUUUACCCAGAAGCCAUUGCAACAUUACCAGGGUCUUCAGUAUGGGCAGUGAUUUUUUUCAUCAUGCUGCUGACACUGGGUAUAGACAGUGCUAUGGGUGGAAUGGAGUCAGUGAUCACUGGGCUAAUUGAUGAAUUCAAAGUCCUUCACAAGCACAGAGAGUUGUUUACCCUUUUCAUUGUUGUUGCCACGUUUCUGAUAUCCCUCUUCUGUGUCACAAAUGGAGGGAUGUAUGUGUUUACUCUCCUGGACCAUUUUGCAGCAGGAACAUCGAUUCUGUUUGGAGUGCUUAUUGAAGCCAUUGGCAUCGCAUGGUUCUAUGGAGUGGAUCGUUUCAGUGAUGAUAUUGAGGAGAUGAUUGGCCAGCGCCCAGGCCGGUACUGGAGGCUGUGCUGGAAGUUUGUCAGCCCCUGCUUCCUCCUGUUUAUGGUUGUGGUGAGCUUUGCCACGUUCAACCCUCCCAAUUAUGGCUCCUACACGUUUCCGCCAUGGGCUAACUUGCUGGGGUGGUGUCUGGCUAUGUCCUCAAUGGCCAUGGUGCCCAUCUAUGCCAUCUACAAACUCUGCACAUUGCCUGGAAAGUUUUGCGACAGACUGGCUUAUGCCAUCACUCCUGAAACGGAGCAUCAUCUGGUGGAUAACGGGGAGGUUCGGCAGUUCACUCUGCAUCACUGGUUGGUGGUCUGAGGCCGACAGAGAGUGAGCUAGAGAGAGUGACAGUGACAAAGAAAGAAUGACACGAGGUGGACGAAUGCAUGCACAACAAAGGUCUAAAGAACUAAGUAGAAGAAAGCCAUUUAGAUUAUUCACUGGGACAGAGGUGGUGGGAGUAUAUUAAAAGUGCCAACAGAAAAGAAAGGAAAAAAAUCUUCAGAAACGUUAAUGUUUUUUUGUUUUUUUAAACAGUGGAUGUGUGAAGCUGUUGAAUGGGAUUCAGUCAAACAGUUCAUGUAUUGCUCCAUCAUUUCGUACCAGCAUAACUCUGCUGGAUGUCAGUGUGAGAAACUAUUUUUGGGUCGUUUCUUCUUUAUUUAUUUUUUUGCUUUAGUUUGUGGUGUGCUUACAUAACAAUGGGAAGUGACAGCGGGUGGGUAAGGGAAUAUAUUGAGGUGCUAAAUAGGUUUUUUCUUUCUUGAUUUAAAGUUCCAACACU